AUGAGCUUGAGCAACGUAGAAUGUCUAGUACUGGCACAAGCUGUUUAUGAGUAUGGUGCCAAUGCCUGGCAACAAGUCUCAAAACUUCUGUCUAAACAUCCUCUUAUCUCCCGCCCAAAGAACUUCUUUUCCACUAAUUCUUGUCGCGAUAUAUACGCUCGCCUGAUGAAUGAAGCUCAGCUUGAGUGCCCCGAGUCUGAUGCGAAUACUCCACAUGCUCUUGUAAACUUGAAGCUUGCUCAGAAAUUCUACAGCGCACGCCUCCUAGAGCUGCGUGAUUUGAUCGCAGCCGAGGAGGUCAAGUUCAAAACCAUCGUCGCAGAAAUUCAAGAUAUCCGGGCUGGUAAAUGGGACGAUAAGAUUCGUGCCCAGCUCUCCGGAACAGAAAUCGAACCCGAGUCAGAACUCGAUUCUGCACAGAUAGAAACAGUCGUCGGCGAACCCGAGGUCUCACAUGAUAGUCAGGAGCAAGAACGUGAAAACACCCCCCAGCCAGAAGAAGAGGAAACCGCUCCUGUGCAAGAACCCGAGAGCACCGAACCUAAAUCAGUCCUUGAACCAGUUCCUGUGGAAACAGAACUCCUUCACUCGCCUCAAACCCAAGAGUACGAGCCCGAGAAUGAUGAGUACCUAGUUGAAGUCGAAGAACCUUCAGCCUCAACCCACGAGGAGGAAGAAGAACAGAAUGAAUGGGAGCAGCCUACGUCCCCGGACGAUGAGGCAAGUGAGAUAGAAGCGAUACUAACGCCCGCAGCUCCAGAGGGGUCCAUUGAGGAAGAAGUUGAAACUAGCGAACAGUCGCCCAAACACGAGGACGAGUCGCCUGUGCACGAGGAAGAGUCGCUUGUGCACGAGGAAGAGUCGCCUAUGCACGAGGAAGAGUCGCCUAUGCGCGAGGAAGAGACGCUCGAACGUGAAGAGGAGGAGGAGUCCCCCGCACGAGACACAGAACCCUCCCAUGCUGAACCACCACAGGAGACAUCCAUGAAUGUCGACGCGGAGGAGCAGGACUUGUCCGUUGAUACCGAGACGGGUUCCCAAGGCAAACGCAAGGUGGAUGAAGUUGAAGUUGGCGAAGGCGCUGAAGAGCCCGAGAGGAAGCGUUUGCGGGAAGAGAGCUCACCCCCAACACCAGGGGAGGAAGAACAAACAACCACACGCCCCCGACGCGACACAACAAGCAGUGAUCAGCGCCCCUCCACGCCCCUCCAAUCCAAUUUAUCCGGCUCCAUCGCCCAAUCCACCACCCAAGCCCAACUUCCCAACAAGCGCUUCCAGUCCGUCAUCACCCUGCUACACUCUCAAAUCUCACAACACCGAAACGGUAACAUCUUCCACAACCCUAUAAAACCCUCCGAAGCGCCAGAUUACCAUGAUAUCAUCAAGCGCCCCAUGGACUUGAAGACUAUCAAAGCAAGGAUUAAAGAUGGGGUUAUCAGGACCUCGAGGGAUUUUCAGAGGGACGUGUAUCUGAUGUUUGCGAAUGCGAUGAUGUAUAAUAGGCCGGGGAGUGAUAUCGCGCUGAUGGCGGAAGAGAUGAUGCUUGAGAGCGAGGGCCAUAUCAAUACGUUCCGGCAGACGGAAGGCUACUUGCGCAACGCUCGUGCAUGAACCAGUCUUGGGAUAGUUUACAUUCAUACAUCCAUGCUUUCGGAUGUCAGAUACUACACAUUGCUACAAGCAUUAAGUAUGUUACGUCUAAUGUACACGUGCAUGUAUGC